UGACAAGAGGAAGUCUUGGCAUUUUUGUUGUUGCUCCAAUUUGUUGCAUCCUAUCGCGAGUAAGCAGCACGGGUUUGGAAUGUAUUUUGCAACUGUUCGCUCCGUGGUAAGCAAAACAUGACUGAUGGUAAAGGAAAAAAAAGCUCCGGCAAGCUUCAGCUUCAGCUUUUACCCAAUGCUCUGAUUGAUUCUUUAUUUAUCCGGUCAGGGUGGUUGAAUAAGCUACGACUUUGCCAGGUCACACGAGCCCUCAACUAUUGUACCAAAACUUCACAACGGCCGGAAAUGAUCUCCACGCUGCAACGCCAAGCUACAGCUAAGCUCCAUGAGGAUCACCACGGAGAGCUUGAAAACGUCGUCCCACAAGCGAAGCCUCCUUAG